CUGCUUGGUGUCGUCCGUCCGUCCUUCCCUUCUUCCAUCCUCCGCGCCGUCAAGCCGCAGCGAUGUUGGCGCUCAGCUCUGCCCGCCGCCUGAUGCUGCUCCUGGGGCAGCCUCAGCAGUGCCGGGCCGCCGCUGCCUCCGGGGAGCUGCUGCUGCUGCAGGUCUCCUCCGAGGGCGCCCUGAGCCGCGCCUGCCGCCGUGCCUGCAGCAGCGGCCACAAGCGCGACGACGGCGGCAACCCGCUGGUCUACCUGGACGUGGGAGCGGACAAUCAGCCCCUCGGCCGGGUCGUGUUGGAGCUGAAAGCUGAUGUAGUGCCAAAGACUGCAGAAAAUUUUAGAGCGCUAUGCACUGGAGAAAAGGGCUUCGGAUACAAAGGAUCUACCUUUCACCGAGUCAUUCCUUCUUUCAUGUGCCAGGGCGGCGACUUUACAAAUCACAACGGAACAGGUGGCAAAUCAAUAUACGGCAGUCGGUUUCCUGAUGAAAACUUCACCCUUAAACAUAUCGGACCAGGUGUUCUCUCAAUGGCCAACGCUGGACCCAACACUAACGGAUCUCAGUUCUUCAUUUGCACAGCUAAAACUGAUUGGCUGGAUGGGAAGCAUGUUGUGUUUGGCCACGUGAAGGAAGGGAUGGAGAUUGUGAAAAAAAUCGAGAGCCUUGGCUCCAAAAGCGGGAAGCCUUCAAAGAAGAUUGUCAUCACUGACUGUGGGGAGCUGAAAUAAGUCAAGAUGUGGGAGCCUCUGGCGAAUUGUUGAUGCAAAAAAAGGGAAUCUGCGUGAAUUAUUACUUGCACAUUUCUCAUCUGGAUAAGACUUUGUACUGAUAAGGAUACUAACUCCUUGCUGAGCCAUGAUCAAGGACAAUAGAAGUAUAUGAAGAAUUUCAGUUUGGAAAAUUCGUUUGAUCUCACAUGACCAUAUUCUGGUUGUUGUUGUUUUUUUAAUUGUACUACUUUUUAUUUAAGUGUUACACUGAAGGUUCUCUUCAGUGCUUUAUAAUGGAAAAUACAAGAACAAUGGCUGCUAGCAAAGAUCUGCUAAAAA